UGUGUGUGUUGGUUUUUGUGGUUUACAAGGACUUUUGACCUGAAUACGCACCAGCAUUACAGGGACAUUUGGGUUUAUGAGGACAGGGCCCAUGUCCUUAUAAUUCCGACAGUGUAGAUGCCUUUCUCUAUGUCCCAGAAGCUCCCUCUCAAAGUUUCGCGCCAUGUCCUAAUAUACCACAAAAAUCUGAAAUUUUACUAUACACUGUGUAUCCUCUGAGCUCGGGAGUGCGCCCCUGCAGCCCGGCCCCGGUACUGCAUCCGCGUCAUCGAAAAUUUGCAUAUUUUACACUUGUGUAAGUUUGGAGGCCGCUGAUUGGCUAGAUCGGCAUCGGAAGGCGGGAAAACAAAAUGGCGGCGGUGGGCGGGGCUACAUUCUGCCGCUAAUAGCGCCGUACAACGAGGCAAGUGUGACUGUUUGUAACUUCCUGUUUGGACCGGACACAAUCUGUGCACCUGAAACGAAGACAUCUGUGGUGUGAAGCUGUUGGAAACAACUAUUAUAUGAAAGCAGACACAGAGGAUGGCUGAAGGUGUGAGGCGAAGGAGAAAGCUGAAGCCCGUGGAGGAGGCCAUACAGUUUUCACUUGAACAGAAAGACAAGAAUGGACUCGAGGGCAGGUUCAUCAGUCAUCUUAAAGGGAGGGGUGUGUUCAGCUGUACUGACUUUGAGAAAGGAGAUUUCCUGCUGGAAUACAGAGGAGACCUCAUCAGCAAGGAAGAAUGUGAGCGGAGGCAAAGAAUAUAUCACGAUGCACUUAAAGUUUUCAUGUUUGAGUUUCGCUACAAUGGAAAACUCCUCUGUGUCGAUGCAGCCCGAGAUGACGGUUCUCUUGGGCGGCUUGUAAACGAUGACCAUAUUAACCCAAACAGCAGGAUGAAGACGAUUCGUGUGGAUGGAAAACCUCACUUAUGUUUAUUUGCCACAAGGAGCAUCUGUCCUGGUGAAGAGAUCACAUAUGAUUAUGGUGAUUCUGAGUGGUUAUGGAGAUGCACGACUCUUAGUGUGGUUGAACCGUCCACUCUUGAAGUCAACACUCUGUCCCAGUCAGAAGACACAGACGUAGAGAAGACUCUUAGUGUGGUUGAACCGUCCACUCUUGAAGUCAACACACUGUCCCAGUCAGAAGACACGGACGUAGAGAAGCUGAAAGUUGUCAGUGAUCAGUCAGUGUUGGACUCCAGUAUCUGUGCAGCCUCUGAAGGACUGGAAAAGGUGACUCUGAAGAAGGACCAGUUACUAUUGGAUGAUCAGGACUGUGUUGAGAAGAUGUCACCUGUCAAAGAGCAUGUGUUGAAUGAGGAGCAGAGCUUUUGUGCCCCAGUUGAAGGAGUUAAGGAGGUCUGCAGACAUGUUGUGGUCACUUCAGCAAUAUCAAGCAUGGAUAAAUGUGCUGAAUGUGUGGGACCUGUUGCAGCUCUCAAGUGGAUUGGCCUGAGAUGUAAAUUGUGCUCCAGUUUUUGGCAUAAGUCCUGCUAUCUGAAGCUUCAUGAAUGGGAUGGAAGACGGUCAUCGUGUAUGAGAUCAACAUGACGGAUUCUGAUGACAGUGAUCCUGAAGAAAGUGAAUCUGAUGAUGAGGCUCUUGCUGGAGCUGCGGGAAACUCCAGUAAUGCUGGUGUUCAGAAGAUGCCCAUUGAGAGCACCACUGAACUUCCUGAAGAGAGUGAGAGUGAGGCAGAAACUGAAAACCCACGGAGAGGGCAGAAGGUGUCCUGGUCAAACGCUGAAGUUACAGCUGUAAUGAAACAUUUUAAGGGCCAC